UCGAAUGGGAACCCAAAAUUAUUAUAAAUACUGGAUCUUUUAUUUGGUGAAUUCCGUAAAAUAAUCAUGGCGAGAUGAUACCAAAUCGCAGCGGAGGAAAUAAAAAAAGUAGCAUUUUGCGAUUUAUAUUUUUUAUCGGCGUGUUCUAAAUCGCAGCAUCAAGAUUUCAAAUUUCAAAACAGUUGCCAGAAAAAUGACAUCAUCUUCGAAAAAAUCUCGCAGAAAGGAAAAUUGGUGUCAAGAGGAAUCGGAGACUUUAAGGAAGAGUUAUAUCGAGUUUAGCUCGGAGUUAGGUGGCAACCUUAGUCUCACGAGUGCAGUAAAACAGAAAACAUGGAAAUGCAUCCAAGAAAGAGUGAAUUCCCUGGGUAUGGGACCAUGCAAAAGAAGCAUUGAAGAUUGCAAGAGGAAAUUGAAGACCGACUUCAAGAGGAGACAGCGGAGAAGCCGGCAAAGGGCAGCCAUUAAAAGUGGGGGACCGAAGCCCCCCAAAAAAGAAUGUGAUGAUAUGAUGAUCAAUUCCAUUGGCGAUUCAGCAACUGAUGGGUUUCCUAUAAUUGACACCUUUGAAUUCAGAACCAGCGAAUCAAGCAGCAGAGAACCCAGCUACAGUGCAGAGCCCGACCAGCCCUUCAGCCAUAAUAUAGCGGAAACAAUAAAAGUUAUGACAGAGUGUGUGCUGCCAUUGGCUUCCAUGCAAAUUGAGUCAUUAAUCGGAGACCAAAGUACAACACCAACUGACAACAGAGAUGAGAGAUUUUCUGAGAUUCCAUCUACAAGCAACUUGGAGAGACUUCUUCAACACCAGAAUGAGCUCUUGGAGCAAAUACUACACCAACAAAAAAUGAAAAAUGACAUUCUCCUAUACAUAAGUGAUAACUUAAACUGUGACUCUGCAAGUGUUCCACAACAUCACACAUUAUAGCAUAAACAUUUAUCAUACUUUUAGUAGUAUAACAUAAAUCUGUAUCAUAUGCUUGUUAUUUAGUGAAUGUUUUAUCUCCUUAAAAUCUCUUAUUCUAUAUUUUUGCAAAGACAAAACCACCGCAUUUACCCGGCACUGUGGGGCCACUUGAAAGGUAAAACUUGGCCCAUUUCCCCAGCUAUCUAUCCACCCUGGGGUGGGGGGAAGGGGCGUGGUUACAAUUGACUUGUGCAUUAAAACAUCUCAUUCCAUGCAGAUAUUGUUAUUUUGUUAAUACUUGAAUCGGAACAGUUUCUUCAUUAACUAUCCAAUUCCAUUCAUCUUAUUUAUCAUGUCACUGACAGCCUAUUUGUGUUCAAGUAAAGAAAUAGGCCACAAUGAAAAGUACUAUUAUUUUAAAUUGAUAUUUAACAAACACCUAAAUUACAUAAAGGAGGAUCAUUAUCAUACAUGUGACAAUAUUGUGAAUUUUCUAAAAAUAUUAAACUGAAAGUGUUAAUUUGAUAUUGUUUUGAAAGAUACCGGGUAAUGUGUAAAUUUUUGUGUUUUGUUAAUGUUUUAAUUGUUAUUUGUACUUUUAAGAGUGUUUUGAAAAAGUGGAAUUCCUCAGCUACUUCAUAAGAAACAUUCUCUGAUGUAUAUGUCAGAAUUAUUUACAUUUAACUACACUGCAAGACGAUCACGUAGUGACUCCGAAUAAGCAGUUGAAUAAGCAGUUCAACUUGCGGAUUUUACCCAUAGGAAUACUGAUUAAAUAUGGAUAGUAUGCUUAACUGGGAAUAAAUGUUAACUUAGUUAUAUAAAUAACAUGUUACAACAUUAGAUUUAAUUACUGCUAUUAUAUUUAAUUUUAAUCCCCCGUCAUGGAGAGGGGAUAAUAGGAAUGCACUUUGUCUGUCGGUCUAAAACAUUUUGUGACCUGGCUAUAUAAGACUGCUGACAAAAAAUUAGACCUCAGAUUUUUAUAUUUCUGCUUCACAAUCGAUGUAUUAUAGCUACAAGGCUUACUAACGGUUUAAGAGAAAUGCAUAUAACAUCAUUUUUCGAACUUAAAUAUAAAAAUCUGCAAUCUAAUAUUUUGUCAGCAGUCUCAUAUGACUGGUUUCCAUGCAUUUUCGCAUAAAUUGGCUUGUUUCAAGACAAUAUUAAAAAGUUGUCAGAGCGUUCAAUCUGUGAGAGUGCAGCUUUAAAGAAAAAUGUAAUUUAAACCAAAUUGAAAAUUCGCUUAUUUGCACUUAUUUCCCUAAAUAACAACAACAAAAGUUUUCCAUAUUUGUGUUUUUCUUGCUUUGUUGAUGUGAUAAUCACAUUUACAACUUAAAGGCCCACAAAAGAGGUUGAUGCAAAAAUAUAUAUUUUUUAAAUUUAAUCCAUUAUUGUGUUUUACUUUAUUUAUCAAAACAAAACAUGCUUAAUAUAUAUAUUUUGUUUUUUUUUUUAAUUGUGGACUUUAUGGCCAUGUAAGUUAUUUACAAGAAAAGAAAACUUAAAGGCUAUUAUUUUUUCUUUCUGGACUUUAAUCAUAAGUUUUUUAUCAUUGAAGAUAAACAGGUUUAACAUGAUAAUGCAUUUUAGUUUAAAAAAUAAAUAUCAUUAUUUUGCUUCAACUUUUAUUGGCAGCCUUUAUCAUGCAACCUUCAUACCUAUUUUUGUACAAAGAUAUUAUGAUGUAUAAUACUAACACCUACCAUGCUUUCUAUUUUGUAUUGAUAUUUAAAUAAUAAAAUCUAUAGCAUGACAAUGUACCCCUUGUUCGAAAGACUGCAGUUUAUCUGUAUUCCCUGUGCUAGCUUUUCUGGCUUACAUACUGCAAAGAUGUAACAAUCAACAAUGCAAAAAGAAACUUAUUGUAACCAUUAACACUACGCAGUAGUAGCAGUUUUACCCAUAUAACUAAUAAGUAGUAGCAGUUUUAUCCAUAUAAGUAGUAGGAGUUUUACCCAUAUAAGUGGGGAGGUAGACUAUCUGGCUAUCAGCCAUCAUGCAGAUCUCUGAUUCAAUCCCAAACCACAUGUGAAGCUUUUAACACGAACACUCGAUAAUGGCGACUUUUGGAAACAAGACUGAACAUGGAUAGAGCCAUUAAUCGUCACAAUUUGAACAAUAUUAAUUUACAAAAUAACAAAACAUGAUAAUUCCUAUUAUUUUCCACUUAAUGCAAAAAGCCUAAAAUUCAUGUUAGUUAUUUAUUUUACAACAACUGAGAAGAUUGAUAUUUCUUAUACUAAGUCGAUCUCCUUGGUACGAUGUUGCGCAAAUUGAAGUCUUAUCUUGUGGGGGAAACUGGAAUGCCAGCAGAAACCCAUUUGUCCAGCUAAUUGACUACUUACAGAACUCACUUGUGCCAAGGCCGCAAAUGGGACCAGAAUCGUGUUGAAGUAAAGGACAACCUUAAAUUUAAUGUCAUUCCUCAUUGAGAUAAUUUAAAUUUCAAUUAUGAUCUCAAAUCCUAUUUAUGCGUUUCAAAGUUUGUAAUAAAGUGUCCUUGGUGUCCAUUUCAUCAUAUAAUAACCAUGUAAAUGUUCAGAUUCUUUAUAUACUGAAAAAUUAAAAACGCCAACAUAGGGAUUUUUUUUAUUUAUGAGCCAAACUGUAGGCCAUUCUGGCCUUAUAAAGAACCCAAGUGGAGCACAUAUCAAAAUCAAAGGAUUAACAUUUAGCAUGUAACACUGAAACGAUACUAACACAUAAAUAUCAGUGGCAAAAUUGUUUAUUUUGGCUUAUAUUAGGCGAAGUCUUAGGCCCCAUUCACUUGUCCAUUUGGCGAGUUUUCAUGACGCAAUUUUUAUAUCAAAUUGUUUCCUUAUAUUUGUUCUCUUUUAUUUUGAUAUUUUUUUCUGUUUUUGUCCCAUAAGUCUGAUGAACAUAUUGUCUCUUCUGAUGUUAAGAUGUAAAUCUUUUAUUGAUAAUUUAUGAACUAUGUAAUAUUUAGUAUGAAAAUGUUUGCCAUUUUGUAAGGAUUUCAUUUAUUUUCUUUAAAAUAUUGUACCUUUAAAUUAUAUGCAAAAGUUCAUACAUUUUAUUUAGUUCCUUUUCAUCUGAGUUUCAUAAAGGUUCUUUAUUCUUAAACUGUUAUUGCUUGUGUCUACAUUUUGCCUAUGAUUUUAGCAUCUUUAUUAUUUUAUAUUCUAAACAAUCUUUAUGUAACAGACUUAGCUACACAAGUUUGGAUAGCUUAGUCUGAGUGAAACAUUUCGAAGAUUUUUGUUAUUUGUUAACUUCUUUUUAAAACAACAUGAGUGAUAUAAAAGCCUUAGGGUCACGUUUAUUAAAAAACUUUUGUACUGUAAGAUACUCCAUUACAUUUUCUUAAGACUUUGUGUGUUACCAAAGAAGACAUUUAAUUUGUGUUACAAAUUUAUUUAUCAGGAACAGUUUAAUAAGGCAUUGAAUUAUUGUUACAAAUUUAUAAUACUUAAUAUAUACUUGUGCUCAAGAUUGAUAACACUGUAUACUAGUAAAUUAUUUCUGCUGAUGUUCCAUAGAACUGUUUUCUAUGAUUAUAUUGGAGUACUAUUAAAUCAUAAAAAAACA